AUGCAGACAAUUCUCGUCCUAGACUUUGGGUCACAGACCUCGCACCUCAUUCUCAGGCGACUGAGAAACCUCGGGGUCUACUGCGAGAUGCUCGCAUGUACGACAAAACUCAAUGAUCUGCCCUUUAAGCCCAAGGGCAUCAUUCUUUCCGGAGGCCCGUCGUCCGUCUAUGACUCAGUGGCACCUCACGUCGAUCCCGAAAUUUUCAACCUUGGUCUGCCGAUUCUGGGUAUCUGCUAUGGCUGCCAGGAACUUGCUUGGAGAAUCGAUCCCACCAACGUUGCCCGUGGAGAGGUCAGAGAGUAUGGACAUACAGAACUCAAAGUCCACAACUCGGGAGACUCCAAGAUCGACCGUCUCUUUGAGGGCAUUGGCUCGGAAAUGGACGUCUACAUGAGCCACUUUGAUAAACUGAAGAAGUUGCCUACUGACUUUUGCAUUAUUGCUACGUCCGCAAACUCUGAAUUUGCCGGCAUUGCGCAUAAAGAGAAGCCCAUCUUUGGUGUCCAAUUCCAUCCUGAACUGGAGCAUACUCCCCGUGGGUCCGAGAUCCUGCACAACUUCGCCAUCAACAUUUGCGGCGCGAACCCAGCAUGGAAGAUGGAGAACUUCAGGGCUAAGGAAAUUGCCCGCAUCAGAGCUCUUGUUGGCCCCAAUGACCAAGUAUUAGGAGGCGUCUCCGGAGGUGUUGAUUCCAGCGUCGCUGCCGCCGUCAUGAAGGAGGCGAUCGGCGAUAGGUUUCACGCCAUUCUCAUCGAUAAUGGAGUGAUGAGGCUCAACGAAUGCGAACAGGUCAAAGAGACACUUGGGGAACACCUCGGAAUCAACCUGACUGUUGUUAAUGGUGGUGAAUUGUUCCUGUCCCGUCUCAAGGGCGUGACCGAUCCUGAGAAGAAGCGCAAGAUUAUUGGGAAAACCUUCAUCGACCUUUUCCAAGAGGAAGCGAUCCGAAUUGAAAAGGAAGCCGAGGCAAAGCCUGACGUGGGACCGGUCAAAUAUCUUCUGCAAGGAACACUUUACCCUGAUGUAAUUGAGAGUGUGUCUUACAAAGGCCCUGCCGCGACAAUUAAAACCCACCACAACGUCGGAGGCUUGCCUGAUACACUCAACCUGAAAUUGAUCGAGCCGUUGCGCGAAAUGUUCAAGGACGAGGUUCGAGCAUUCGGACGAGAGCUGGGUAUUCACCACGAUGUUCUGAUGCGACAUCCAUUCCCGGGACCCGGUCUCGCUAUCCGUAUCCUGGGCGAAGUAACCCCCGAGAGAGUCGAGCUAUCAAGACGGGCCGACCAUAUCUUCAUCUCGGAGAUCAGGGCCGCUGGAAUCUACGACGACAUCAGCCAAGCUUAUGUUGCUAUCAGCCAAGAUAGAGCUGUCGGCGUACAGGGAGAUGCCCGCGUGUAUGGAUUCAUUGCCAUUCUUCGCGCUGUGGUAACCAGUGAUUUCAUGUCGGCUACACCGUACGAAUUUGACUGGAAACUCAUCAAGAAGAUUUCUACCAGAAUUCUCAACGAGGUUGACGGCAUCACGCGUGUGACCUACGACAUGACGUCAAAGCCUCCUGGCACCAUCGAGAUGGAAUAG